GUGAGAACUACAUGUAGGGACUGAUGUUUUAAUUCCAGAACAAAAUACUUCAAUGGUCAAAAUGGAACGGGUGAUUGUUCUGCUGAGCCUGUACCACUUCUGUCUCACAUCUGCUGCAAUCAAUUCCCUGAGGUACGUCUGCACUACAUCCUGGGGUAUUCCAGAUGUCCCUGACUUUAUAAGUGUGGGGAUGUUGGAUGGGCAGCCUUUCUCUUACUAUGACAGCAACAUCCGCAGAAUUAUUCCCAGAAAGGCGUGGGCAUUUAAGGCAGUGGACCCACACUACUUUGAAAGAGCCACAUCUCAUUGCAACAGAGAACAGGAGGGUAUCAAAGGCAAUAUCACCGCGGCAAUGAAGAAAUUUAAACAGACAGGAGGUAUGCACACUCUGCAGAACAUCCAUGGCUGUGAGUGGGAUGAUGAAACUGGGAGCACAUACUCAUACGAUCUGUAUGCAUAUGAUGGAGAGGACCUCCAAGCCUUUUACAUGAAAAAUAUGAAACUUCAACAGACAGUCACAGCAGACAGUGCUCAGAGUGAGCAAAGGAAGUUCUUCAUGACUGAAGCAUGCAUUCCUGAGCUGAAGAACUAUGUAAAUUUUGGAAAGAGUACCCUGAAGAGGAAAGUCCCUCCUGAGGUGACCCUGUUACAGAAGGACCCCUCCUCUCCUGUAACCUGCCAUGCCACAGGUUUUUACCCCAAGCUGAUUACUGUGUCCUGGCAAAGAGAUGGAGAGGAUAUCUAUGAGGACGUGGAACUGGGUGAGACACUGCCCAAUGGAGAUGGAGAAUUCCAGAUCAGAAGCUCCCUGAGAGUCUCUCCAGAGGACAUGAAGAUGCACAAUUACACCUGCACUGUACAACACUCAAGUCUGCAGCAGGAUGUUGUCAAGGUUCUGAAUGUGGAAGCGAUCUUGACAGACCGGGAAAAUGGCCCCCCUGUUGCUGUUAUCAUUAGUGUUGUGACAGCAGCUCUGACUGUCAUUGCUGUGGUUGGGUUGAUUCUGUGGAAGAGAAAGUCUGGCUACAGCAAAGCUACCACAAGUGACAAUGAUGCAUCAUCCGCAUCAUCCUAAGAACCUCCGAGCUACAUUGUCAAGUAAAACCUGAUAUCAGAUGGGACGUUUUCUACAUGUAGCCUACGGUUUUCUGCUUUCCCAUCUAUUUCAUCCAGAACUGCAUCAAAUACCUGUUUCUCAACAAUCAUGCCUAUCUUUCCAAAUCUGUGACCGUUUGAAGCACAAUGUGUCAUAUCUGUGAUAACAAUAGUACUUUGUUUCUAACCAGACAGACAAUUAUUUGUUAUAUCAUCAAAUAGCAUAAGUGUGACAAUUGUAAUAGUUUGGAUAGUAAUAACUGUAUUACUUUAUCAGGUACC